AUGGUUGCCCUACCGAAAUCUAAAACUAUCGCGAAAGAUGGUGAAAACCGCAUGAGUCGGUCGACCACGGAAGACUGGGACGAAGAACGGGAUGUUCGACCAAACGCUCUGGUUGUAGUCCUCGGCGAUGUAGGGCGCAGCCCACGAAUGUGCAAUCAUGCGCUAUCCCUUACAACCGAACUUAAUUACAAUGUUUUCCUUCUCGGAUACAAUGACACGACGCCACAUCCAGCAAUCGCACUGAAUCCCAAUAUAAGGAUCGUGCCCGUCAGACCACCACCGGACUUGCCGCGUUUUGUUCCGGAUCCUGUGGCCCUCGUUUUCAAGUUGCUAUGGACGAAUUUCUUCCUCUUCACGGCUAUGGUACCCUUCCUAGUCCAUUUGAUCCUAUUGCAAAAUCCUCCUGGACUGCCGACUAUGUUUAUUUGUUGGAUCAUUUCCCAUUUGAAGCGCGCAAACUGGAUCAUUGACUGGCAUAACUACACUUACAAGAUGCUUCAGCAUAAAUGGAACCUUGAGAUGGAUUUUUCCAAGAAAUCGCGGACGGCAGCAACCGAAGCACAGCAGGAAGUUGCCAAGAAGCGCCAAACCCGCGAGGAACGUGAGGCGGCCUUGCGCGAGAAAAAGCGAGCUGCCAGGGCCGAAAAGAAACCGGCAUGGAACCUUCGGAAAUUCUUUGUGGAGAUGGUCUAUCGGUAUGAAGGAUUCUUUGGGCGUCGCUGCACCGGGUCAAUAUGUGUUUCGAAGGCAAUGAGGGCAGAUAUGCGGGAAAAUUGGAACGUGCUCUCCUCCGUGUUUUACGAUCGCCCACCCGCUUUUAAAUUUCAGAAAUGGACGUUGUCAGAUCAUCACGCUUUGUUUUAUCGCCUGGCACAUGAGGAUGGCAUCGAGUGUUUCAAAGGCACCGAUUCGCGCGAAGCUGCGACGGAAUAUACGGCUUUUACCUAUAAGGACACAGAAGGAGCUGUCCAUCUGCGCGAUGAUCGCUGCUUGCUGCUGAUUUCUUCGACCAGCUGGACUCCCGACGAAGACUUUGGAAUUUUACUGGAUGCGCUUUGUCGCUAUGACCGCGCGAGGGCCAGUAUCCCGGAUGCGCCUGAUGUUAUUUGUGUGGUUACGGGGCGUGGAGAACAAAAACAAUUUUAUCUGGAGAAGAUAUCACGUCUCCAACUGAGCCAUGUGAGGAUAAUUACGCCAUGGCUUGAAGCGGUAGAUUACCCGCGGUUGUUGGCGGCUUCUGACUUGGGUGUUUGUCUUCACACUAGCACUUCCGGCCUCGAUCUGCCGAUGAAAGUUGUUGAUAUGCUCGGCGCUGGUAUUCCGGUAUUGGCAAAAAACUACCACUGUAUUCGGGAGCUCGUUGUUGAGCGGGAGAACGGGCGUAUUUUCGACACAGCCGCCGAGUUAAGUCAUCUACUGCAGACAUUGACUACAGGAUUUCCGUCAGCAAACUCGGAUCUUCACCUACUUCGGACGAAGUUAGCCGAUGACGAAUUUGAUACCUGGGAGGACACGUGGCGUUCUGUCUGUGCUCCGAUCAUGAGAGCCGAACAAAAUUUGCACUUGGAGAGAACGUUGGCAGGUCGU